AGCGAGGCUGCAUCCGUUCAGAUCCUACUAAACGUGGUUCAAAACGCAACUAUUGAUCUUCUGGACAUGUCCUAACCUCAUCAGAUCUCUGCUAAUGACAUUUAUGGGAUCAGAAACUCGACGAAGCGCCUAUGUCACAAACCAAACGUUCAGGAACAACAACCCAAGGCACAUAGUAGGGUGUACUAUAAAAGACCAACAUUGCGCGAGGUUUCUGAUCCACGCCCAAUCCCAACUGCACUUUGGUGUUUUACAAUCAAUUUACAAUCCAAACAAUGGCACAAACCUUCACCAGACAAAUGAGCUUUCAGGCCAAAGAUCUAGGCAAGGAGUCUAUGCUUCUGCUCACUUUCGACAGUGAAAAAUUGGAGGGCAUCUACAAGAGAUUUUACCCCGUAGUCUGGAAAGUCGGCGAUUUCCCAAAGACGGGCGUGCACGUAAUGAAAGUAACCUACACGAACCAAUUUGUUUUCUCCAGUGUACAGGUCUCAAAGGGGAAAAUCGCUGAUGCUGAAACCUACGUGAAGAUAAAGAACGGCGAAAGAACCAACAUGAUCAAGGAGAAUGAUGCCAUCACGUUCUCUGCCCCUCAUGAGGGAACGGAUGGCGUCAUGCAGGCCUGGAACAAGACUGAGGUCGUUCAGAAUAUUGCAUUCGGUUUUAUGAACUCGAAAGAAUUUUUGCCUGCUCCGGUGCUCUUUUUCGAGGACGUUGGAGACGGUAGCAACGUCACGGCAGAAUUCACUCCUAUUCUGCGCGCCUACAUCACCUCAGAUUAUAAAGAGAACACGUUCAUUUCCAAAGCCAUCGAGGCACCCAUGAUCUGGGAGAAACAUCUCGCCACGCUUGCUGAGAAAACGACCUGGACACUUUCACGGGAGACAACCACUGGACAUUACAAGUUCACUCAGGCUUAAUGACGGGUCAACACCCAAGUGGUGUGCCCAUAUAACUGUGAUAUGAGGACAGUGUCU